AUGGAGGGCUCCAAGUCCUCUAGUACUACCAUGCAGGUCAGCUUCGUGUGUCAGCGCUGCAGUCAGCCUCUCAAGCUGGACACAUCCUUCAAUGUGCUCGACCGUGUCACCAUCCAGGAACUUAUUGGUAUGUUUACCUGAGUGUAUGUUUGAGAGCUAGAGAGAGAGCGUGUGUGUGGGUGCGUGUGUGUAUGCGCACGCUUUGGAGAGAGCUACAGAGGAAGAGAUGGAGAUCAGCGUUGUGAGUCUGUGUGUCUUCUGUCCCAUCAGCUCCUCUGGUCACAGUGACACCAAGCAAGCAGACAGAAAGCAAUGAGGGGGAAAGGGCUCCAGAGGUGAGAGACACUGGGUUGUUUCAAUCCAAUGGGAAGAUGGUUUUGUAACCAGGGUUCACAGCAAUAUCCUUAAUAGAAAUUGAGUUUUAAACACUGACAGGGAUUCUGAGUUUCCUCUCUUCCUCCAGGAAACCUUUGUGGAAACAAAGCAAGAUGGCGUCGCAAGAAAAUACAUCCCUCCUGCAAGGUAGCAUCAAGUCUAACUACCUUCCAACCUGCUUGGCCUACAGUGUAAUGCCCUGCUCUCAACUUGAACUACCAUACCCUCUAGAUCUAGGAUGAUACCUACAUAGUUUCAACAGUGUGUGUGUGUGCGUGCGUAGGAUGAUGUCCACAGAGAGCGCCAACAGCUUCACUCUGAUUGGAGAAGCGUCGGACGGGGGCACCAUGGAGAACCUCAGUCGGAGGCUGAAGGUGACCAGUGAUCUGUUUGACAUCAUGUCGGGCCAGACCGACGUAGACCACCCGCUGUGCGAGGAGUGUACAGACACCCUGCUAGACCACCUGGACACGCAGCUCAACAUCACAGAGAAUGAGUGCCAGAACUACAAGUGAGUAGUCAUGCACUGCUACUAAACUAACAUUACAGAACUAGUGGGUAGUCAAAGUGUACUACACUAUGCAACACAUAGCAGGUUUGCCCAAUAAAUAUUUGCUUAGGCAGGGAGCCAAGACCCACGAGGGCUCAGUUUACACCAAUAUUUUGUUGCCUGGAGCAAUAUUGUGCAUCAAAAGGAUCACUUAUUUGCAUGCUUGAAUCAUGUGUGUGUAUAUGUGUGUUUUUGAUGUCUGUAUGUAUGGGGCAAUUUCUUGUUCAUGUUCGAUUCUUGCGUGCGCAUCCCGGUGUGGUGACACUGAUGGUUUCUCAGAACUGAUGGCUUCUACGGUUGUGGCUAGCUAGAUGGAGAAUUUACAUAGCAGGUUAGGAUAAUUAAAGUAGCAGGUUAGGAUAAUUAAGUUAAGAAAAAGGGUUAGGCUAAAAUGCUGUACUCCAUCUAGCCACAACCAUAGAAGCCAUCACUUCAGAGAAACCAUCAGUGUCACCACACCAAAAAGCUCUGUAGCAGGAUCGCUGACGCUAAAGUUAACAGUGAGUGAGUGAAGACACGGAAGACUGAGGGCUAUAGCUAUGUAAAACAAGUUCACUUAUUCUUCUGGCUUUAUCUAGCUCUAUUUGUGAUAUUUUACCUUGCCUCACUGGCUUGCUAGGUAAUCAAUCCUCUGACAUCUGCGACGUUGUGGACGAUAACAUCUGAUUACGUGUUUGUUAACUUGCAUGAGCUGCAUUUGAAGUUGCAUGUGAUUGUAUCCACUGCUAGGUAAACAGAGGUUUGUAAUGACGAACUGCACGCACAACUUUUCAUGACGCGGCCGGGUUUCGUGUUUUUCAUGUGUCUAUAUCCUUGUCUGAAUAUGGUGUGUGUCCUCUUCUAGGAACUGCCUGGAGCUGCUGUCCCAGCUGCAGGAGGACGAGGAGGACAGCCUGUUGCUGGAACUCCAGAAACUGGGCGAGGAGGAGGAGUCACUGGUGGGGGAGUUGGAGGCGGUGGAAGAGCAGAGGGCUGCCGUGGCUGAGGACCUGGUCCAGGGACGCAGCCAUUCCCAGCAGCUAGACACUGAGGAACUGCAGUGAGUAAUGGCUGUCUGUUCUCCAGUCUGAGGAAUUUUGGAUGAUGUAUUUCCAAGUUCAAAGCACUUUGGCUGUGGCGGCUGUCAUGCUGUCUCACAGGUAGAACGUAAAAUGAGCUUGUGAAGUCCUCCAUCUCAACCUUAUGCACAUAGUAAAGAAAUGAAUGGGACACCGUUCACCCUACUGGGAACAUGCAAAAACACACAUUCUGAGAAUGUAUCCAGCAGGGUUUCCCAAACUCGGUCCUCUGGACUUCAAGGGGUGCUCGUGUUUGGUUUUUGUCUUUGCGGUAAACAGCCGUAUCAAAUAAUCAACUAAUCAUCAAGCUUUGAUCAUUUGAGUCAACUGUGUAGUGUUAUGGCAAAAUCCAAAACGUGCACCUCUUGGGGUCCUGAGGACCAAGUUUGGGAAACGCUGCAUUUUGCAAGACAGGAGAAUGGGAAGAGGGAGACUCCAGAUCGACCCCUACUCUCUGCACGAUAUAAUUCAAUUUCACAAAUGAAUCCCUUAUCCUCCCCUGGCCUGUGUGAGUGAUGUGUGUCCGUGUGCUCCAGGUACCAGAAGGAGUACAGUGAGUUCAAGCGGCAGCAGCUGGAGCUGGAUGACGAGUUGAAGAGUGUGGACAACCAAAUGCGCUACUGCCAGAUCCAACUGGACCGCCUGAAGAAGACCAACGUCUUCAACGCCACCUUCCACAUCUGGUAAGGACACAUACUCUGACGCAUUACAGACACGUAUACAUACACUAAAAUUCAGACGCACAAAUGGACAAACACCCAUGAAUUAUUGACCAAAUGUAUGUUAGUUUAGCGACUUAAGCUCCUCUGUUUGAAGUGGUGGCGCUUGCUUGCUUGUAUUUAGAAUGAAAGCACAGCUGCCUCUCUCUCACCCCUCAUCUUGUCUUCACAUAGAAUUUUGAACGGCAUCUUUUACAUUGAUAGUUUCUAGUGCUGAUAAUAACUUUGUCUCUGGUCCCCAGGCACAGUGGCCAGUUUGGCACUAUCAACAACUUCCGUCUGGGCCGACUACCCAGUGUCCCCGUUGAGUGGAAUGAGAUCAACGCCGCCUGGGGUCAGACCGUGCUACUGCUCCACGCCCUCGCCAACAAGAUGGGGCUACGCUUCCAGAGGUCAGACAUGACACACACACACAAGGACAUAGACGUGGCACACACCCUUUUACGCCAUGUAAUAUGUUCAAUUGCCAAAGAAGUAACUGUAUUUUAAUCAGUUCUUUUGUCAUAUCCAAAUAAACAUGAUACAUUGUACAAUGUCAUUAAAAUAAUGUAAAAUAUCUUGGUGAAUUUCUUGAACCUCUCUCUAUAGAUACCGCCUGGUCCCAUAUGGAAACCACUCUUACCUGGAGUCACUUACAGACAAGUCCAAGGUAAUGGUUGUUACCAACAAGUGAGGUCUCAAACCAAAAGGCACAUGAACACACUUACCACUGGAUACUAUAUGUUUAAUGAGCUGUGAAAGAGUGAACUAUCCUUUUAAUAUUAUUUUGCAAUACUCAUUAGACUGGCCCAAGCCAACCCCCAUGAAUAGGCCAUGUUGUAAUGGUACAUUCCACUCUCUCUUUCCUCUUUGUGUGUGUAGGAGCUACCACUGUACUGUUCAGGGGGCCUACGCUUCUUCUGGGACAACAAGUUUGACCAUGCCAUGGUGGCCUUCCUGGACUGUGUGCAGCAGUUCAAGGAGGAGGUGGAGAAGGGAGACACGGGAUUCUGCCUGCCCUACAGGUCAGUCAACUAGUCUAGCAGACAUCAUCAAAUUAUAAUUGUAAUCAUCUAUGGAUUAUGCAGAGAAACAAAGGAUUAAGCUGUCAAAAGCUGACCAACUUCAGUUAUUUGUGUAAGUUUGGCAUGUUAUACAACUAAAUCAAUUAGUUUCUUUCUUCAUUUUGCCAAUUCAUAUUAUAAUUUUUUCACUCCUUUUCAUAUUCAGAUUUGACAAAUACAUUCCCUUGUUUUUUAAUAUUUCAUUUAUUAUACUUUCCUGUACUAGUAACACAUCUGACAGAAUGAUUUAGAUGAGUGUUUUACACAGGUGUUUCUGUAGAUUUGAGGAACUGCUGAACACUGUUGGUUUAGAUGGUUCUGGAUACAAUACUGCCUCCUAGUAGUACUGCCUCUUAUUGGAACCCUCACAGAUUCCAAAGUAGAUGUCCUCUUUUGGGCAGCAGGUGGUUUAGCAGUCACUGUAUGUCUGUCUGUCUGUUCAAUCCAAAAUACAAAAGAGCAACAGACUCUGGUCCCUUGGUGCAUCACACCACAGAUCGCUUCAUGUAGCCGGCCAUUACAGUGCCCUUGAGCCGGUGCUUGGUGGAGUCAUAGACCCCCCGUCUAGAGCUAUUGGAAGAGAGCUUGGCACAGAUCUCGCUGUGUUUCUCCAGGCGGCUAGGAUCAAAGCACCGGCCGCAGUGCUCACACUGCUUCAGCUUGGAGUUGGCUGCACUCAUCCCAAAUCGACGUUUCAACACCACCUGAAUUAAUGGAUGUUAUCAGAUGGGCAGCUAGGGCAACAAAUACAACAUGUACAAACCAGAUGAGGCUGGUGGGAGGAGCUAUAGGAGGACAGGCUCAUUGUAAUGGCUAGAAUGGAAUAAAGGGAACGGUAUCACACACACAAUCAUAUGGAAACCACAUUUGACUCCGUUCCAUUUAUUCCAUUCCAGCAAUUACGAGCCCAUACUUCUAUAGCUCCUCCCAUCAACCUCCUCUGAUACAAACGCAUGUGAUCACCAACACUACACUAGAUCAGCAGUUAGCAUGGCUUUGAAAUGUCAAGCUACUUUACCUGUCCGUCCUCCUUUUUCUCUUCCAUGGUCAAACCCUUCUUCACUUCCUUUGGCUUGCUCACAGCGUAUCUCGUGACUGUCUGCUUUGGCUUACUUGCCACGCUGCUUUCUUCUCAAUUUCUCCUCACCUCUUUACUCCUUCCUUCCUCUUCUUCGUAAUCUCUUAUCAUCUCCCAUAGGUCAGAAUCCACCUUCAUCAGGCAGAUCUCCUGGAUGUACUUCUCCACCUUUUUUCUGAACAAUUCCUUUCCGUUUUUCUCCUCCAAAGCCUGAGCACCCAUCUUGGACCCACUCUUAAUCAGGUUCAAUUCUUGGGUGACACUGAUCAGCUUGGCCUUCAAAUAUGCCAUCACCUGCCCAGCCUCGGAGUUGAAAACGUCCCAUACCAUCUCAUCGGGGCAUGGCGGUAGAUCCUGUACAGUUAGUGUCUUGAACUGAAUGUGUUUCUUCACAACCUGCCUUCUGAUCUUUGAAGCAGCAGGACGAGGGCUGCCCUCUGGUCUGACUGGCUGGAAUGUCUCCUUCUUGGCAUCAUUGUUUGGCACUCUGGCUCUAAUGGGAGGCAGUGGCAUCUUGGCGACUAUUUUGGCUCCAUGGACUGCCUUCAAUGGGUUGGCGCUAUGGAGGUAGAUGUCUUUCACCACGCAGGUUUGAUCCCUCUUGUUGCGGAUGGGUUGCAGUGGCUUCCGGAUGGGAGGAACAGUAGCCUUCCCUCGCUGCUGAGAUGUUGGAGCUACAUGCAGUCCUUGACUCUUCCCAUUGCAGAUGGACCUCUUCUUCUGCAGUACUGGGAUUUUGGAGGGAGGAUGUGGUUUCUUUUCCUCAGUGUCAAACUUUUCCACAGCCUUCAAACUGGCAAGUCGUUGCAGAGCACUCUUUCUUUCUUCAGUCAACUCCAGUACUGGGAUUCUGGAGGUGUUUAAACUGUUUUGAUUGAGCGCAGGAAGCUUCUCAGUGGCCUUGGGUUGAGAUGGUGGGGCAGGCUGAACGGAGUUGCUACUGGCAGCUCCAAGGUUCCCUGUUAAAGCAUUAUCUUCCUGUAUCGGCUGCAGGAAUCUCCUCAUCAUCAAGGAGAUCGACAGUGGCAUUCUUCUAACCCCGUUCUGCAACCUCAAGUUUUCGUCUAGUAGCAUUUUCUAUAUUUUAUGGUGAUCUAAUUUGUUAACUAUAUCUCAGGAGGCAUCCGCUAGAUUGUCUUGAAUACUGAUGUUCUAUGUUCAGCAAUCAGGCACCAGAAUGUUCAAACAGAACAUUUGGAAUUCAUUGAUCAGUUGUGACAUCAUCGUUGGUUCACACAGAUUGAGACUUCUAGAAUCUCACAGUUUAUGUGGAUGUCAUGUCAUAAUGGACCAUAAUAUACUGCCCAAAAUGGUUAAUGUGACCUAUCUGUGUUGAACUGCUUGCCCACAUCUCAUAUUUAAACAUGCCACCUUUCUUUGAGGGGAAACAUAUUACUAUACUCUCUGAAUUAUCAAUUUAAAGAAAUCUUGGCAAUUUAUUCAUUACAAAAUUUAGCUAACAUAAUUUUUUUUAAUUAGAUAUUUUUAUUUUACCCCUUUUUCUCCCCAAUUUCGUGGGGAGAAAUGUCCCAUCGCUGAAACUCCCGUACGGACUCGGGAGAGGCGUGCAUUCUCCGAAACACAACCCAGCCGAGCCGCACUGCUGUUUGACACAAUGCCUGCUUAACCCGGAAGCACCAAUGUGUCAGAGGCAACACUGUGCACCUGGCGACCGUGUCAGCGUGCACUGCCCGCCACAGGAGCAAUGGGACAAGAAUACUCCUGUCGGCCAAACCCUCCCCUAACCUGGACGACACUGGGCCAUUUGUGCGCCACCCCAUGGGUCUCCUGGUCGCGGCAGACUGCGACAGAGCCUGGUCUCAAACCAGGAUCUCUAGUGGCACAGCUAGCACUGUGAUGCUGUGCCUUAGAGCACUACGCCACUCGGGAGGCAAAUUUAACUAACAUUAGAUAGUUAAUCCAGAGAUUCUUGCCUCUGCAGUCUCGUCCAGAUCAUCAUGGCAUUUGUAGUUCUUUAUGAUAGCCACAUUAGCAUCUAAUUAGCAUUUCAUUUUGGGGGGCUAAAUACAGGCGAAUAUAUUAAGUCACCUUGUCCUACAGAGAUUUACUCGGUUAUCAAAACAUCACACAAGGGUAAGCCUACAUGAAGCACAGCCCUUAUUUUAAGUUUUUCUAAAAUCCCCUAAGGGACUGCUAUGUUUUAUGGGUAUUAUGACUCAUACUGUGGUACUCUGAUUUAAUAACUUGCCAAAUUUACACAAAGAACUGGAGUUGGUCAGCUUUUGACAGCUUAAUCCUUUGUCUCUGCAUGAACAUUUGCCUCCCACUAGUCACUAGCAUGAGAAAUCUGCAGAUUAGUUUGUCAUAGCGUACUGGCUUUAGAUACAAAUGUUGGUGUCAGCAGCUGUAGAUGUUGCACCAGGUUCUUUCAUACCCCUCUUGAGAAAUAAAUAAACCUCAAACCCUCAAGUCUUUAACUCACCUUUUUUCAGGAUGGACGUGGAGAAGGGCAAGAUUGAGGACACGGGUGGCAGCGGUGGCUCCUACUCCAUCAAGACCCAGUUCAACUCGGAGGAGCAGUGGACCAAGGCGCUCAAGUUCAUGUUGACCAACCUCAAGUGGGGCCUGGCGUGGGUGUCAUCUCAGUUUUACAAUCGAUAGAGGAGGAAGAUGAGGACUUAUCCUGGGUGUGAAAACCAACAUUUCCUCACAAUGUGUGAAUCUCAAAAGUUCCUCUCCUCGGAUCUUCUCCUACAAUGCUCUCCUUGCUUCCCUAUGAUGUUUUGAGAGGGUUGGGAGAAGACUGGAGAAAUGACUUUUGAGAUUCACCACUGGUGUGAGUUCCAAUCCAAUAAGUCUUGUUUCCUUGUUUGAUUUCCAUAUUGACCAUUUGAAAGGACAAGAUAAAAACGGUUAAAUUAUACACAUUCAAGUCCAGCUAGACUAGUAGGUGUUAUGAAGGGAGCUAUCUGA